AUGCUCAAAAUUUGUCGCAUUGCACAGACACUCAUCGGACCCAAAAUGUAUUCCCAAAGAGCAAGUACUUCCGUCGAAAGCGACUGCAAAUACGGCGCUUCAAACUCCCCUGUCCCCCAAAUACCAAAGCCGACACUACAGUCAUUUGCCAAUAUCGAAAUAGACCAUCAACAAAACGAGAAAAGCUUACACUCUGACACUGGGUGUUUUGGUACCGCCCUAAAACACCACAACGCCAUUGUUCAAGGCGUGGCCGCUAGAGUCCGAGAUUAUGCAGGUCGAGGCGAGCCGUAUCGCAUAUUUCACGGCUCUAGUAAUAGUACACGGACACGCGAUUCAACCAACGUUCUCGACAUCAGCACCCUUUCCCAUGUUCUUUACAUCAAUCAGGAGGAACAAUGA